AUGGCUUCUUCGGCAGCAUCAGGACAGUACAGCUGUUUCUUUGAGAGCACUGUUUGGGAUGUUAAUGCCAGCGACAACACCACCCCUCCUCGCAAGAACUCUGAGACCCACGAGGUCACUGUCAAGGAGUGCGAAGAGCGCAAGUGCACACAAGGUGAAAUGGCUAUCAGCCCUGACGAACAGCCUCAAGGCCACGAGAAGGUCAGCCCGCAAGUCGAAUUCAACGACGCUCUCAACUACAUCGACAAGAUCAAGAACCGUUUCCACAAACAACCAGCCAUCUUCCAACAAUUCUUGGAAAUUCUGCAGUAUUACCAACGCGAGUGGACAUCCACUGAGGAUGUUUAUGCUCAAGUGACAAGACUGUUCGGCUCAACAGCUCCGGACCUUGUGCAAGGGUUUGAGCAGUUCCUUCCAGAACACGCGAAAGCAGCCGUUCUUGCAAGAGCCCAGCAGACCCACAAGGUUACUGUUGAGGAGCGCGAAGAGCCCAAGUACACACAACCCGAGAACGCACAAACUGUUGAUAUGGUUCUGGAAGACAAGGCUUGCAUAGUCGAGGACAAGGAACAAGCCGAUGAUGAGUGGGCUACUUGGGGUCAGUGGACUCCCGAUGACUAUUGGGCUACUGAUGACCAGUGGCCUAUGCCUAUUCAUAACCAAUGGCCUACGGAUGCCAGAGUGGGAUACCGUUAG